AUACUACGUCCGUACGCUGAGGAUUAUAAAAUUAUCCAAGCUUCCAGUCGUUUUCCUCUUCAACUAGAGUUUUGCAACUUCUCAGAAGUACUGUGCAUUUUAAAAUUCUCAUUUUGAAACAAUAAUUGCGAAUAUGGUCUGCAAAUCUUACACUAGACGUUCCAGCGUCCGAUCCACUGUUACACUAUACGACAAAGGGGAUUCAUACCCAUACAUUAAUCGCUCUGCUGUUGAAUCUUGUACAUUCGAGAACCUCACGAAUGCUACGAGUAUUCAUCGCUCAAAACUGAACGCCGUUAUUUUACGAGAAACUCCCCAGUACCUCAACUUCGCCACUAAAGAUAAUUGCAAAUGCGGUGGUAGUAACAGUGACAACAAGGGCAGCUACAUAAAAUUUUGCAACAUUGAUACCAGCUCUGUGGAAGACUCUGAUCUGAGACGUAGCAAGAUCCAAGACUCAACUUUGAUUUCUGUUGCACAAAUCAAGUGGUCAGAGAUUCGCGGCUCCCGCAUUAUAAAUUCUGGGUCUAUAAAACGCUGCGAGAUUGACGAAACCGUAUUAUGGAAUGCAACGGGCUUGAGGUGGUCGAUAGUCAAAAAGGCUGAUCUAACGGACUGCUCUAGAAUCAAGCGCUCAACCAUACAGGAGAGCACUUUGAAGAACUCCAUCGUCAGUCAUUCAAGUCUAAGCGGAUGUGAAGUGAAAGAUUGUGCGAUAUAUAGAACGACAUUCGAAGAUUUGAUACUUGAGAAUGGCAUCUGGAAGCAUGGAACUUUAGUUGGGCGAAUCGACGAGACAAAGGAUGUUGUUAUAAGACAGAUCAAUGGGAAAACGAACAAAUUGCAAACAAAAACUGGUGCUAGUGAUGAGGUAGUCAACAUUCCCGUUGAAGGAAACAAUUCUCCCACAAAGCACUUGAGUAUUCCGACUAGCUUGAAUGGAAAACGAACGUCGGGAUAUCGUGUCGACAGGGGAUAUCUGUUGGAGCAUUCUGAAUCGGAGGAAAAUUUUGAUACUCAGUUAGACGAGAUGAGGGAUUUAGACGCAGAGAAUGAUUCCAAAAUACCGCUGCCGCCAUAUCAGUCUUAAUAUUGAUGAAUAUCAAUUUUAGAUAAUGGGGAUGGAUCACUGUGAUACUAGAUUGAUAGGUUGGGUUU